AUGCUGGAACUCACUGUCUGUAAACUCACAGACACAUCCUGUAAAGAGUUGGCCUCAGUUCUCAGUUCCAACCCCUCACACCUGAGAGAGCUGGAUCUGAGUAACAAUGACCUGAAGGAUUCAGGAGUGAAGCUGCUCUCUGCUGGACUGGGGAAUCCCCACUGUAAACUGGAGACUCUGAGGCUGUCAGGCUGUCUAGUCACAGAGGAAGGCUGUGCUUCUCUGGUCUCAGCUCUGAGGUCAAACCCCUCACACCUGAGAGAGCUGGACCUGAGCUACAAUCACCCAGGAGACUCAGGAGUCAGACUGCUCUCUGCUGGACUGGAGGAUCCACACUGCAGACUGGAGAAACUCAAUGUGGAACAUGGUGGAGAGAACAGAAUGAAACCUGGGCUUAGAAAAUAUGUCUGUGAUCUCACACUGGACCCAAACACAGUAAACAGAUUCCUCUCUCUGUCUGAGGAGAACAGAAAGGUGACAUGUAGGACAGAGGAGCAGCCGUAUCCUGAUCACCCAGAGAGAUUUGAGGGCUGUGAACAGGUGUUGUGUAGAGAGGGUCUGACUGGGCGCUGUUACUGGGAGGUAGAGUGGAGUGGGAGAAGGGGGGCUGAUGUAGGAGUGACAUAUAAAGGAAUCAACAGGAGAGGAGAGGUUAAUGACUGUUGUCUUGGAUACAAUGACAAGUCCUGGAGUCUGUUCUGCUCUGACAACAGUUACAUUGCCAGUCACAAUAAUAAUCACACUACCAUAGACGUCCCCUCCUCCAGCUCCCACAGAGUAGGAGUGUAUCUGGACUGGCCAGCUGGAACUCUGUCCUUCUAUAGAGCCUCCUCUGACACACUGACCCACCUGAACACAUUCACCUCCACAUUCACUGAGCCCCUCUAUCCAGGGUUUUGGGUUUGGUAUGAUGGUGACUCAGUGUCCCUGAAAUAAGUGAACACACACACUGGACAGAGACACACACACUGGACAGAGACACACACACUGGACAGAGACACACACACUGGACAGAGACACACACACUGGACAG